UGUUGAAAAUUUUGGCUUGAGUUAGCAAAAUAUUAUUUAUAUGGCGUAACGUUUAUGAAAUAGUAACUAAUAAUACUUAUAUUGGAUACUAAAACAUAUCAGUCCACAGGCCGUCAGCCCCUUAUAAUGGAAUUUACUACAGAAAAUGUCGAAAAGGCCGUGAUGCAAUUUUACCAUGAUAUCAGCCAACAGAAAAAUAUCAACCUGUGGUUAACAAGUGCUCAAUCUUCAACUGCUGCUUGGGUGUUUGCUUGGGACUUACUUUCGCCUAAAAAGAGUCAAGAAGUGCAGUUUUUUGGAGCAAGUACGAUAUAUGUGAAAGUAUCAAAAUUCUGGGCUGAAAUACCACCUGAGGAGUACCAAACAUUGAAAUGUCGCCUGCUAGACAUAAUCAACACAUAUGCAGCUGGUGGACCGAAGAUAGUUCUAACAAGAGUCUGUAUAGCCCUCUCAGCCUUUGUCUUGAACACCAUAUCUGGUGCGUGGCCGGAUGCCGUCAGCGCCAUUAUUCAGCAUUUCCAACCAGCAAAUCUGCCACAGUUGCCAACGACACAAGUUUUUUGCGUUCUUCUGGAAAUACUCAAAGUUAUACCAGAGGAGUUCCUGACUGCUCAGAUGAGUUCCUCAAGGCGGGGCGUUCUCAGACAUGAUCUACAACAGGCAUUAAAUUCCGUGCUGGAGCUGCUGUACCAGGCGCUGGUGCAGCCCGGCUGCCCGCAGGAGGUGACGCAGGAGGCGCUGCGCUGCUGCUCCAGCUGGGUGCAGUUUGGCGUGCCGCUGCUGGAGGCUGAGUCGCUCGUGCGCAUCGUCAUCCAGGCGCUGCACGACAAGCAGCUGUUUGAGGUCGCCGCUGACGCGCUCGUCAACGUGUUCCUGCACCCGGACUCACACAGAUUUCCGGCAUGUAUAAUGAGAUUGCUACCAUAUAUCAUGAGCACCGAUGAGUUGCUCAAUAGAGCUAUUCAGGAGCAUGAUGAGGAAACCUGCACAGGUCUGUUCAAGUUGCUUGUGGCUAUUGGAGAGAACCAUUCUAAACUAUUGGUUGAGAAUCUUUUGCUGGAGUCACCGAACAAGAUAAAUGUCACAAAGCUACUGAGUAUGAUUCUUCAAUGCAGCAGUAUGCCAGGUUAUUUUGCAGUGGAUGAAAAUUGUAGUGACCUUCCAUUUGGUUUCUGGUAUAUACUUCAGGAUGACGUCAUCGCCGCUGAACCGGAGCACUUCCAAGUUUACACGGAGAUACUGCAGCCAGUGUUUGCCACGCUCGUCGACAUCUUCCUGCUGAAGGUUCAGUUCCCUGAUGACGAGCAGUAUGAGAGCUGGGGCCGAGAUGAGAAGGAGCAGUUUCGCUGCUACAGGCAGGAUGUGUCGGACACGAUCAUGUAUUCGUAUAACAUACUACGAGAGCCUCUGCUGCAGCAUCUCUGUUCGACUCUAGCGCACAUUCUCGCAGACCCCAACCAGCACAACAGGUGGCAGUCUAUAGAGGCAGUCCUGCUGGCUGUGGAGGCAAUAGCUGACAGUGUGGAGCUGUCAGAUAAAGAGUACCUCACACAGGUAUUUACUUUAUUGCCACAAAUACCGUUCACCAAUCUGAAGCUGAUAGCCACCGCUCUGAACGUCAUAGGUGCGUAUGCGGUGUGGAUCAACAACCAUUCGGAGGUGUUGACAGGAGUCAUCCCUCUGCUCCUGCAGGGAGUCACCAAUCCGGACGUGGCGCCGUCGGCAACGAUGGCACUCAAAGACAUCGCACGCGAUUGCCAGCCGCUGAUGAAGCCGUUCUCUCAGCACAUCCUCAACUCAUGCCAGGAAGCUCUGCUGAGUUUGUCGCUGAAGCCACGGGAGCAAGUACGCAUCAUGGUCUGCAUCGGGCGCGUGUUAGCCGUUCUGCCAUUCGACGAAAUCAUGGCCUAUCUCAACCUGAUACUGACACCACACAUCCAGCAGCUGCAGGUGCUGCUGCAGGAACAGAAGGCCUUCAUGAUUCUACUCGCUCAGCUGUACAAGAAGCACCCGGAGCUGCUGGACUACAAGGACUGCAACCUCGCCGGACAGUUCCAGUGCGGCAUCAGCGCGCUGACGCUCGCCGAGACGCCGACCGUGCGCAAUGCUGCAUCCUUCCUCAGCGAGUUCAUCGCGCAGCGGCACAAGCGCGCCGCGACGGCCGUCGUCGUCAUCGAGCUGGCACCCCUGCUGCUGCACCGCGUGCUCAAGGCGAUUGGUGGCGAGUCGUCUCGCUCGCUGAUGGACCACAUGUCCGACGUGCUCUUUGCGCUUAACAAGCACUACUACGAUCACCUAGGCAACUGGAUGAUGGCCUUCGUUAACCAAGAUGGAUUUCCGUCGCCCAGGGCUCUCAAACAGCACAAGGAAAAUUUCACUCGGCACAUACUUAGUGUCUGUCACAGAGAGAGAACGCACAAAAGGAAGCUACGGGAAGUGGUGACCGAAUUCACACUACUGUGUAGAGGUCUCAUCGGCACAGAGUAUGCUGCUGCUACCGCCCUAAGCUGAUUCGAGAGGGAGCCACCGUCUGCAGAACUGAAGGCAACAGGGUCAUUCUCCAGCAUUAAUGCUCGAGAUUAUUCACUAGGAAAGCUUGAAGGUAUAAACAGUUAAUAUCGCUGCUUUGUGCGCAUGAGUGAAUAUAUGCGAAGCUACUAAUAAUGGUAUAAUCAUGAUAGACUGUGAUGGGAACAGGAUCAACUUGUUAAGUUUCAAACACAGUUUUGAGAUGUGGCAACCUACUGACUGUGAUGGCAACCAAGCCCUUGCCCACUCCAUAGGUAGUAUCUAGUGUAUCCAUUUAUAUUCCUACAGGGAAAUGAGAUGCAAAUAGAUAUUUCAUGAGGAACAACAGUUCAAUAUCAGGAAGUGUAGACGAGUAGCUUAUAUUAGGCAUGACACAUUGCACUAGAUGUUCUCCAGUUGAGCACUUAAUGGGUGUGGACAUAUUGAAAUAUCACCAAGUUAACCACCAAGCAUACCAAUAACCAACAGAUACUUCCAAAUCUUUCAAUCAGACCUAUUUUGUACCACUGGUGUUGAUCGUUUUUGAACAGAUUCAUCUGGCUAUGAAUUUAUCAUCAAGUGUGCAGAGGUUAGGGUUCCAAGGAAUUUGUAAACCCAAAUAUUGUUGUACCAUAAUUACUCUCGUUUCUAAAUGAAUUAUGGCAGGUACAAAUUACCCUCAUGGCCUUCAGUAUACCGUUAAAACCAGAAGAAAUUGUUUUCAGUUAAUAUUGUAUUUAUUUUCACAAUUAUCUCAAUGUAUUUAUAACUGUAAAAAGUAUCGAUUAACAAUACGUGUGUGUAUAUAUUAUAUGUACAGAAGUGUAAAUAAAUUAAAAAUAAUUGAAAAA